AAAGAUCAAGAGCUGGUACUUCCGAAGUUUGGCAAGACUUUGAAAGGAUCUACAAAGAGGAAGAUGGGGUAAGUGUCAGGUAUGCUAGGUGUUAUAUUUGUAAAAAUGAAUUAUCUGCAAAGCCCUCGGGUGGAACGGGGCACUUGAAGAGGCACGCCAUAAGUUGCAAGCGAAAGAGUGGAGCAGCCAUGAAGCAGACGGUGUUGCAGUACAACCCCGACGGCUCUGUUCAUCAUUGGGAGUACGACUCUGCCAAUGCUCGAAAAGAGCUAUGUCGCUUCAUUGCAAGAGCGGAUCUACCACUCAAUAUCGGUUCUUCAUCAAGAAGUUCAGACUCUUCGUCACGAUCGUCUACGGGCACCGGAAUUCCAACAUCCGGAGGGGAGCUAACUACCUUCAUCGACAGUGACGUUAUCAGCCACGAACAAGAAAACUUCAACAUACUGCAAUGGUGGCAUGAGCACAAGACGAAUUAUCCAGUCCUUUCACUGUUAGCGCGAGAUUUGUUAACGGUUCCUGUAUCUACAGUUUCUUCUGAGGCUGCCUUCAGUCUUACAGGAAGGAUAAUCGAAGAGAGAAGAACAAAUCUGUCAAGUGAGAUGGUUGAAAUACUCACCAUAGUAAAUGAUUGGGAACAAGCUGAAGCACGAAUGCAACACACUGCAGAAAAUACUGAGCUUGAAGAAUCAUUCCAAAAUUUGUAUCUAGAUGCUGAUGAGAACGUGUAAUUUUAAAUUUUCUGAGCUAGGUUGUACUCUUUUUUCCUUUGCUAGAAAGGUUUUUAAUGAGGCAACCUAUCAAUAAAGCUCAUUUUUAGAA